GUUGACGCACUAACGUUACCCACAGCAAGGUUACAUGCGACUGGACUUAAUGGAUGAAGUUCGACAACACACGUUGUCCCGUUUUUGGAAUUGAUAUUGAUUUCCCCUGGUAACCAUGCGGCGUAGUAAGGCCGAUGUGGAUCGCUACAUUUCUUCAGUACAAAGCGCUUCUCCUUCAGUGAAAGAGAAACCCUUGAAAGGCUUCUUGUUCGCAAAAUUGUACUUCGAAGCAAAAGAAUAUGAGCUUGCAAAGAGACAUGUAUCAGCCUAUUUAUCAGUCCAGGAGAGAGAUCCCAAAGCGCACAAAUUCCUUGGUCAGCUCUAUGAACGUGACGGUGAUGUCAACAAAGCAGUGGGCUGCUAUAAGCGCUCAGUCGAUCUUAACCCAGCUCAGCGAGAUCUUGUACUUAAAGUGGCGGAGCUGUUGUGCAGUAAAGAUGAACGAGACAGCCGAGCAGAAUUUUGGGUUGAAAAGGCAUCCAAGCUUAUGCCUGGCAGCCCUGCUGUUUUUAAGCUAAAGGAGAAGCUGCUGAGCAGACAAGGACAGCAGGGCUGGAACCAGCUGUUUGAUCUCUUGCAGUCGGAGCUACAGUUGCGUCCAGGAGAUGCUCAUGUGAAUAUAAAACUUGUUGAGUUGCACUGCUCCGACGGAAGGUUGGAGGAAGCCGUCAAGCAUUGCUUGUCUGUUGAGAAGGCAGGAGUCCUUUGUAACAGCUUGGACUGGUACACCACUGUUGUGUGUACAUUGCAGGACUACCUAAGCCAACCAAGUGUGUCCAUAAAUGACAAGUCUUGCCGCAAGUUUCAAAAGGAGCUUCUCCUGGCCCACUGUAAUCUGUUGAGAUGUACACUUUCUGAGAAGGGAGUUGCACUGUGCGCAGAAGCCUUGCAGAAUUUUGAUCAUGCAAUGCAGUCUCUGAAGAACACUGCCACCAACACUACAGAUGAGCUUGCAGAGAUGUUCACUGAGCUAAAGGGUCACUUGUACCUUUAUGCUGGAACGUUGUUACUAAAGAUGGCCCUAGACCGUGAACAACAAUGGAGAGCUGUGGUGGACUUGGCUGCCCUUUGUUACCUCUUGGCAUAUCAGGUUCCUAGACCAAAGAUAAAAAGUUCUAAAGGUGACCACCCCCCUCAGCACCCACUGGAACUUCUAGCUUGUGACCGACAGAGCCAGGCUGGCCACAUGCUGCUGAAUCUGAGUCAGGAUGUUGACCAGCUUGUGAAGGAUGUUGUUGAAGCAUUUGGAAACAGAAGUGGCCAGGGGACCCUUUUUGACAUGCUGUUUGGUGCCGAAGCCCCAGCUUCUCUGUCCUUCAUUGGCAAUGACGACAUCCGUUCCAUCAGUGCCCAAGCUCCUGAGAUUGCAGAUCUCAUCAAAGCUGAUAAUGGUGCAAUUCUAUGCGGCGGAGACUUGCAGCGUCUUACCUGGCUGGGAUUGCAGUGGUAUUUUAUGGCUCAAAGACCGGCUCUUCGAGAAUGGCUGAAGCAGCUUUUUCCUCGCCUCACCCUUGAAACCUCCAAGCUGGAUACAAACACACCAGAGUCUAUCUGUCUGCUUGACUUGGAGGUCUUUCUGUCUGGAGUGGUGUUUACGAGUCACACUCAACUUCAAGAGACUGCCAAGAUCUCUGCCAGCUCACAGCUACAUGAGCCCAGAUGCUUGCCCUUGCAGGUCAUGAAGCUUUUGUCCACAGACAGACAAAGACAGUGGUGGGACGCCGUGUACACACUCAUCCAUAAAAAGGCCCUACCUGGAACAUCAGCAAAACUGCGAAUGGUUGUUCAACACGGAUUAAGCACUCUUCGAGCUGGGGAGAAACAUGGUUUGCAGCCAGCACUGCUCAUACACUGGGCCCAACACCUCAGCGAAACGGGUGUUGGUGUAAACUCUUACUAUGACCAGAAAGACUACACUAGCCGUAGUGUGCACUAUUGGAAAGUGGUGCUCACUCUCCUGGAAAAGGUUAAAAAGCGAAGAGGCAUCCCUGAACCUCUUGAUCCACUGUUCCUGCAUUUUCCCAGUAAAGACAUACAGGUUUUGGAGGUUAAAGGCUAUGAAGAAGAAGCCAUGAUUGCCUUUGCUACACUUCUAGAUAUUGAGGGCAAAACCGAAGAGGCAAUUGCCACUCUUGAGGGUAUUAAUAGCAUCUCCUCUAAUUGGCAACUUGCAAGGAUAUUUCAGAGACUUUCAGAGGAGGCUGGUAAUGGUGUUGAGGAAACACAAGAUCGUUGUAUGACAUUCCUGAAGAAGUUCCGGAAGCAUCUGAUGAAAAUUUACAAUGCCAAUGCAACUGAAGUUGACAAGCUUCCAGUAUCAAUGGAGGAAGUUAUGGACCUGCUAGAAGAAGUAAAUCAACAGCUGGGUGAAAAUGGUGAUGUCAUGGAUGAGGACGAAAGCCGUCCCCUCCACUCUAGCCCACACCAACUCUCAGAACCAGCCGCUGCAAGUUCACAGAUAAAAUUCUCUCCAUCACCAUCAAAGAAUAUAUCUUCUCCUUCCAGGAGACACAUGUUCUCUCCGAAGACGCCACCUCAUUGGGCAGAGGACCAGAAAUCUCUUCUUCAAAUGCUGUGUCAGACAGUUGAAGCACUAAAAAAUGAAGUUCAUGACUUGAGACUCAACUCCUCUGAUACAGCCGCCUCCCCACAUCACAGGGUUUAUGGUGAAGGAUAUAGUGCUGAAACCCUACAAGAGUCUUUUCCAGCUGCACAAACAUUCCAUGGUGCCCCUCUUACAGUAGCCACCACAGCUCCCAAUGUGUACUACAAUCAGUCUCCUGCUUACAACACGCAGUUUCUUCUACGUCCUGCUGCAAACGUUACACCAACAAAGGCACCAGUGUAUGGAAUCAACCGUCUGCCACCUCAGCAACAUAUGUAUGCCUAUCAGCAGCCCACACAUACUCCACCGCUGCAGACAACACCAGCAUGUGUUUAUCCUCAAGACUUUGGGGCACCACUUCGCUUUGAGUCACCAGCAACAAGUUUACUCUCCCCAUACAGUGAAGAAUACUACAGCCACAGUGUUCCUCCUCCUACAACCAAUCCACCUCUGCCAGAGCCUGGAUACUUCACCAAACCAUCUGUUGUCUCUGCUUCCCAGCCUCCAAAGACCAGUGAAGGAAAAACUUUGGACUUUGGAAAGAUAAGCUUUGGUCAGCCUGCUGAACCCUCCAAAGUGCCAGCCUUUGGCACCCAGUCAACAUCUACAAUGCCAUCUGCUGCCUUCAAAUUCAAUUCUAAUUUUAAAUCUAAUGAUGGUGACUUCACAUUCUCAUCCAGUCAGGUGAAAAACAGCGAAAGUCUCUUGGGACUUUUGACAUCAGACAUGCCUAGGAAUGAUGGACAAUCAGAAUCAAAACCCACAACUCAAGACCAGACACAGAGUCAAAGUGGGGUGUUUACAUUUGGCAGUCAAAAUGUAUCUGGGUUUUCUUUUGCUGAUGCUGCACAAAACAAGACCGGUUUAUUUGACAAACCUGAACAAACAUUUAGCUUCUCGGAGCUUGGCAAGUCAGUGACUGUGGAGCAAGAGGAUAAAGCCGGAGAGAGUGAUAAUGAUAGCACACAUGUUGAAGAGGAUGAAGAUGGACCACAUUUUGAGCCCAUUGUACCUUUACCUGAUAAAGUAGAUGUUAAAACUGGCGAAGAGGAGGAAGAGGAGAUGUUCUGCAACAGGGCUAAGCUAUUCCGAUUUGACACAGAGGCAAAGGAAUGGAAAGAGAGAGGAAUUGGGAGCAUCAAAAUUUUGAAGCACAAGACAUCAGGCAAAGUACGUUUGCUAAUGAGGAGGGAGCAGGUCCUUAAGAUCUGCGCCAACCAUUACAUCACUGCUGACAUGGUUUUAAAACCAAAUGCUGGAUCUGAUAAGUCCUGGGUUUGGUAUGCUAUGGACUAUGCAGAUGAAAUGCCAAAGACUGAACAACUCGCAAUUCGUUUUAAAACAUCAGAUGAGGCUGCCCUCUUCAAGGCAAAAUUUGAGGAGGCACAAAAAGUCUUACCAAAAUCACCACAAAAACAAGAUGAGCUGGACGGAAGCAAAGAAACUGAAAUGGCACCAGCGAAAGGGUUGGAUCUCAAAGCCCAGUUUGCUAAAAAAGAUGGUGAAUGGGACUGUGAUGUGUGCUGUGUUCGGAAUGCCUCUUCAGCUAAGCAUUGUGCUGCUUGUCAGACUCCUAACCCUAACUGUGCAAAAACUGAAGAACCAUCUGAAGAACCGAAAGGAUUUCCUCCAGUUAUCACAUCAGCAGGUGGGUUUACCUUUGGCAUUACCGGAGAGGCUGCAAAAGACACUAGCACUUUAUCUAAAGGAUUUUCUUCCUUUGGGUCACAGAUACCAGUUUCAUUUAAGUUUGGAACCAGCUCCUCGUCGACAUCAGCAUCCAUAAGUGAUCCUUCUGGGGCCACGUCAACUACUUCAUUUGGGGCUGAUUUUGGGGCUAACACAACAAACAAAACUACAGCAGAUGCCUCAACAAAGUCUUCAUUUUCAUUUGGAACUGGAUUUGGUGCUCAGUUCGCCAAGAAGGAAGGCGAAUGGGACUGUCCUACUUGUUGUGUAAGAAAUCCGGCCUCUUCAAGUAGCUGUGCUUCAUGUCAAACUCCGAACCCAUCAAGCAAAGGUGAUGAAGGAGCACCAGAAGCCUCCUCCAGUGUUUCAGGUUUUGGCUCCCAAUUUGCCAAGCAGGAUGGACAGUGGGACUGUGACCAGUGUCUUGUCAGAAAUGAGCCAACGUCUUCAAAUUGCAUCUCCUGCCAAGCCCCUGGUCCUGUUAAGCCAUCUCAAGGUGGAUUAGCAGCUAUGUUUGGAAAGAAAGAUGGACAGUGGGAUUGUGAUGCCUGUUUGGUAAGAAAUGAGGGCUACGCCAGCCAGUGUGUCUCUUGCCAGACACCCAAUCCCAGCGCAAAAAGCUCAACUACUUCGGGAUUUUCAAGCUCCUCCCUCAGCUUUAACCCUAGAGCUCCAACCAAAAUCAGCCAACCCACUGGUACAGGAUUUACAAGCAGUGGUCCCUUCCAAUUUGGUCCGAGUAAAGAGCCAAGCGCCCCCAGCAGCACAGGUUUCUCCUUUUCAAUCCCAACUGGUGGCUUUAAGUUUGGCAGCCAGGAGCCUGCUAAGGAAACAAAAGCCACUGAGAGUGAAACUGCUUCUGUUGGUUCUGCAUCGAUGUUUCUGAAAAACAUUGCAGAACAGCAUAGAGAAAAAGAAGAGAGAUCCACAUUGACAUCUUCUGAUGAGAAAUCUGAACAAGAUGAAAAUCCCCUCUUCCACCCCAAGCCCAACUCAUUCAGCUUUGCAGACCUGGCAAAAUCUAAAGAAGGCUUCCAGUUUGGCCAAGAAGAUCCCAGUUUCAAAGGGUUUGCGGGAGCAGGUGAACAACUUUUCUCUGUCCCUCAGUCAAACCAGAAAGAAGACGCCUCUGCAGAUCAAGAUGAAGAGGAUAUGUAUAAGACUGAUGAGAAUGAUGACAUUCAGUUUGAGCCAGUGGUGCAGAUGCCUGAAAGAGUAGAACUUGUCACCGGUGAAGAGGAUGAGGAGGUUCUUUACUGUCAUCGUGUGAAACUGUUCAGAUUUGACCCUGAAAUAAGUCAAUGGAAAGAGAGAGGAGUUGGCAACCUUAAGCUUCUGAAGAACUCUGUGAAUGGAAGGUUGAGGGUCCUUAUGAGGAGAGAGCAAGUCUUGAAGGUUUGUGCAAAUCACUGGAUCACUACAACAAUGAAUCUAAAGCCUCUCGCUGGAUCAGACCGUGCUUGGAUGUGGCUUGCGAAUGACUUUGCUGAUGGAGAUGCGAAGUUGGAGCAACUUGCUGCCAAAUUCAAAACACCAGAGCUGGCAGAAGAUUUCAAAUUAAAGUUUGAUGAGUGUCAAAAGCUUCUGUUGAACAUUCCUCUUCAGACACCCCAUAAACUGGUUGAUACCGGUAGAACAGCACAUCUGAUUCAGAAAGCAGAAGAAAUGAAAUCUGGUCUUAAAGACCUUAAAUCUUUCUUGACUGAUGACAAAAAGAUCAAAGAUGAUGAGUGUAAAGACAUUACAUCAACUAGUAAUGCGUCUGGGCUGUUCAUCAAACCUCAUGCUGAGACUACUGGUCCCACUUUGGAAUGGGACAAUUAUGAUUUACGAGAGGAAGCUCUUGAUGACAGUGCAGACACAUCUGUUUAUGCCUCCCCAUUAGCUAGCAGUCCUAUUCGUAAGAAUUUGUUCCGCUUUGGGGAAUCCACUGAUGGGUUUAAUUUCAGCUUCCAACCUGUUCUUAGUCCUGCAAAGUCACCAGCCAAAGUAAAUCAGAGCAGAGUGUCUGUUGGGACAGAUGAUGAGCAAGACACAACUCAAGAGGAAGAGCGGGAUGGUCAGUACUUUGAGCCUGUUGUGCCAUUACCUGACCUUGUGGAGAUAUCAACUGGGGAAGAAAAUGAGCAAGUGGUUUUCAGCCACAGGGCCAAGUUGUACCGGUAUGACAAAGACCUGAGCCAGUGGAAGGAGCGUGGUAUUGGAGACCUUAAAAUUCUACAGAGUUAUGACACCAAACGAGUGAGGCUUAUCAUGAGACGGGAUCAAGUUCUUAAACUGUGUGCAAACCAUUGGAUAACCAGCAUAAUGAACCUUGAGCCAAUGAAGGGUGCUGAUGAAAAGGCUUGGAUCUGGAGUGCUUUCGAUUUUACUGAAGGAGAAGGCAAAGUGGAGCAGUUGGCAGUCCGGUUCAAGCUACAAGACACUGCCAAAGCUUUCAAAGAAAUAUUUGAUGAAGCAAAGGUUGCUCAGGAUAAAGAGAUCCUUGUCACACCAGUGUCCUCAAGGGAAGGUCCAUCACAAGAGACUAUAUGUGGUAAAGCUGCUAUAGCUGUUCUUGAAGAGACCACACGUGAACGCACUGACUUGUCUUCUGAGACAUUCUAUACACCAGAAAACAAAACUGCCACUUCACCCAGUCCUAUGGCUGUCUCCAAAACUGUGGUUUCUCCACCUAAAUUUGUCUUUGGUACAGAUUCAGUCCAGAAAAUAUUUGGGAGCCCCCCUGCAAAAGAUGUAUCAUCUGGCAUACCCACGGAACCCAAAGAAAAAGCUCCAAGCACAUCAGCCUCCAGUCAGCCAGCCAUACCUGCAUUCAAGGUCCCUGAAGGAGGAUUGGAUUUUAGGCUUUUCAAAGAUAACCCUAUGGCUUUUUUUUGGACCAGCACAUCAUCCACCCAGUUUGAACCCCAAGCUGGCGCACAAACAAAGAAAGAUGAAGCCAUCUCAAGUGCUAGUACCGGUGCGGCGGAUGACCGGGCAGACUCUGAGGAAAUUGAAAUUGUGUAUGUGCGUGAGCCCACAAGGGGGCAGGCAGAGCUUGCCCGACAGUUGAUGCUUCCCCUCACAUUCUUCUGUUAUAAGAAUGAGCCAGGGUACAUCAGUGACGACGAUGAGUGUGAUGAAGAUUUUGAGACUGCUGUGAGAAACCUCAAAGGAAAGUUGUAUCCUGAUCAACUGGAAGAAAGAUCUGGAGCAGCAAGCAGUGAUGGUACAUCCCAUGAUGUCAAAGAUCCUGAGUGCACGAUAAUCUGGGAGAAAAAACCAACCCCAGAGGAAGAGAGGAAAGCCAAGAGCCUACAGCUUCCCUCAACCUUUUUCUGUGGAGUGGGCAGUGACUCGGACACUGAGAAGGAUAAGGCUGAAGACUAUGAAACCGAGGUCCGGAAAGUGCAAGAAGCUCUGGAUGAGCAGAAAACUGAAGAUGCAGAGUCCUUUGAGGCUACAGGGUCAGGCACAAGUGAGGUCAAGACGGUGUCAGAACCUUCAUCCAUGCCAGAACCUUCAUCCAUGCCAGAACCUUCAUCCAUGCCAGAACCUUCAUCUAUGCCAGAACCCUCAUCUGAAGAACCAGCUGAUGGUGCUAGCAGUGGCAGCUGUCCCAUUGACCUUUCUACGAGAAAGAGCACAGAAUGUUAUUCCAGUGGAAGUCAAGAUCCUCCAAAUGCAUUUGGUUUUGACUCAAUGGGAGGAUUCUCAUUUGCCGAUUUGGCUAAGAGCUCUGACGAUUUUGCUUUUGGGUCAAAAGAUUCGGAAUUCUCCUGGGCAAAUGCUGGGGCCUCGGUGUUUGGCACAGUUGUAAAACCAGAGUCCAAAAAUGAUGGAGAAGGGGAGGGAAGUGAUGAUGAUGAGACAUCAAACAAUGUAGAAAUCCACUUUGAGCCAAUCGUGUCAUUGCCAGAGGUUGAAGUCAAGUCUGGUGAAGAAGAUGAAGAGAUCUUGUUUAAGGAGCGCACCAAGUUGUAUCGCUGGGAUCGCGACUUGAACCAGUGGAAAGAACGAGGGGUGGGUGACAUCAAAAUUCUGUUCCACCCUGUCAAAAAGUACUACCGCGUGAUCAUGAGACGAGAGCAGGUGCUGAAGGUGUGUGCCAACCACACAAUCACAGAAUUUAUUGAGCUGAAGCCUAUGAACACCUCUGCCAAUGCCUUGGUUUGGACAGCCACAGACUAUGCAGAGGGAGACGGUAAAGUUGAGCAACUUGCUGCCAAGUUUAAGACUCCAGAGCUAGCUGAAUCCUUCAGGAAAACAUUCACAGACUGUCAGGCUCGCAUGUCCCAGGUAGAUGACUCCUCCCAGUUGUCCAAAGCCCAAGAGCAUUCAAAAGAGAGCAAUCCGCUGGUGUACUUCACCGUUGCUGUUGACGACCAGCCUAUUGGAAAGAUUACCAUGGAGCUGUUCUCUCACAUUGUACCGAAAACAGCAGAAAACUUCAGGGCCCUGUGUACUGGCGAAAAAGGCUUUGGAUUCCGCAACUCUAUUUUCCAUAGAGUCAUCCCAGACUUUAUGUGUCAGGGCGGCGAUAUUACCAAUCAGGAUGGCACUGGAGGACGAUCCAUUUAUGGAGGCAAGUUUGAGGAUGAGAACUUUGAUGUCAGGCACACAGGACCAGGCUUGUUAUCCAUGGCAAAUCGAGGGAGGGACACCAACAAUUCCCAGUUUUUCAUCACCCUGAAGAAAGCAGAGCACUUGGAUUUCAAACAUGUUGCAUUUGGCUUUGUAAAAGAUGGCAUGGACAUUGUGAAACAGAUGGGAGAACUUGGCACAAAGACCGGGAGGCCCAGCAAAACAAUUGUCAUUACUGAUUGUGGACAACUGUAGUAUGUUCCUUUUAAGGAAUGUUGCACUUGCUCUUUCUUCUAAAUUUCCUGGAGGGCUUUCCUUCUCUAAUUCCUGAUCUGCAUAUGUGUGUAUAAUAUACAUGUUGUUAACCUUUUUUUAAAAAAUAAAUAGCAUGUCCUAAUAAAGUUAAACACUGGCAGUAAAUCUGUCAUCAUGUUUUGUAUAAUUAUGUUCUUUUCAUUUCAUUAAAGAAUGAGUGGUUGACUGAA